GAGACCCUCGAAGAGGAGGAGACACCCGAAGAGGAGGAGACACCCGAAGAGGAGGUCGGUGAUAUGGAGCAGGAGGACGGCUGGGAUGAUAACUGGCCAGCAGAUGUGGUAGAGGUGAACGAUGACGUGGAAGUCGUGCCAGAAGAAGAGGAGUUUGUGGAAGUUCUGCCAGAGGAGGAUGGCGAGGGCGAAGAGCUGGUAGCAGAAGAUGACUUCUACCAGGUGUACGCAGACGAAGAGGGCGGCGUCGGCUUCGAAGAAGAACUCCUUGAGGAGGGCUUCAUUGAAGACGCGGAGCCCUCUGGGGAGGGCGAAGAGGAAUUGGAUCCGGAACAGCAAGACGAGUGGGAGGAGGCAGGCGCUGAAAGCGAGCACGAGGAGGCGGAGAAGACUGACCAGGAGACAGAUGUGGAGGAAGCAGAAGGCUUCGACAAGGAGCUGACCACAACUCGGCCUAGGGGUGCACUGGGACGGGGAAGACAAAGGUUCUAG